UUGUUCACUGUACAGAGCAUCAGCUGGGGCAAGGAGCACAAGAGCAGGGGAGGUGACUUGCCUGCAGUUCUGGUCACCGCAGUGUCAGAGAAGGUGCAGGAGAGAGACACCGGGACGCAGCCUGGCAUGGAGCGUGCAGAGAGACCGGCUCUGUCGUCCCGGCAACGGCGGAGGCCCGACCCCGACGCACAAUGUUGAGAGGCAUCAAGACGCGGCAUCGGGUGAAGAGCGAGAAACCUUCCCCCACUGUAGAUGGUGGACGAGGGUCAAGCAACGCACGUCAUCCGCAGGGACACUGGUGUAUAUUGCUCAAACACCACAUAUACCUUCGCCGAUGACACCGCUGUUGUUGGCAGAAUCUCUGAUGGCAAUGAGCCAGCGUACAGGAGUGAGAUAGAUCGUCUGGUUAAGUGGUCUCGCAACAACAACCUCACACUCAAUGUCAGCAAGAUCAACAAAAUGAUUGUGGACUUCAGGAAGGGGAAGUCAGGAGAACACACACCAGUCCUCAUAGAGGGGUCAGCAGUGGAAAGGGUGAGCAGCUUCAAAUUCCUGUGCGUCAACAUCUCAGAGGAUCUAUCCUGGGACCAACACAUUGAUGCAAUCAUGAAGAAGGCACGCCAGCAGCUCUACUUCGUUAGGAGUUUGAGGAGAUUUGGUAUGUCACCAAAGGAUCUUACAAAUUUCUACAGAUGUACGGUGGAGAACAUUCUGACUGGCUGCAUCACUGCCUGGUAUGGAGGCUCCAAUGCACAGAAUCGCAAGAGGCUGCAGAGGGAGGUAGACUCAGCCAGCUCCAUCCAACCCUCUCCACCACUGAGGACACCUCAAGGCGGCAGCCAUCACGAAGGACCUUCACCACCCGGGACAUGCCCUCUUCUCAUUACUACCAUCAUGGAGGAGGUACACAUUCAAUGACUGAAGACCCACACUCAACAAUUCAGAAACAGCUUCUUCCCCUCCGCCAUCAGACUUCUGAACGGGCCAUCAACCCGUGACCUCAUUACUCCUUUUUUUUGCACUAUUUAUUUAUUUUUGUAAUUUAUGGAUGUUUAUGCCUUUGCCCUGUACUGCUGCCACAGAACAACAAAUCUCAUGUCAUAAGACAGUGAUAAUAAACCUGAUUCUGAUUCUGGUAAUACUGCAUUAGUCAGAACUGUUCAGCUCAAAGUAUUUUUAUUAACAGGGUUCCGCCAGGCAGCACAAUCUUCGAAAGGGUAUUACUGGGCAUCCAGCAGUAAUACCCUUUCA